UAACUAUUAUGGAGUUGGGUCAUUGUAAUUGAAGAAAGAUCCCUGCGAGUUUCUUCUUCAUAUUAGUAGUGCUGUGGUCGCUGGAGUUUCUCCAAAACCAUUCCUUUCAUGUCCGACAAACGACACCGUACAUAUCUUCGUCUAUGCUCGUCACUUGUAACAAAAGAAUGCCCUAAUGACUAAAUCAACACCCUCAUUAUCGCGAUUUACUACCGAUCUACGAGUGGUCAACUUUGUGUUUUUCUUAGUUUGGUUUAUCGCCGUUCGAUAUUGUCAACAAACCACCUACUUCGAUCCGUCCUCAUAUUUCUUUCGCUCAGAUGCCGCAUACCAACCAUUCUACUCGGCUGUUAGAGAGCAGGAAGCCGACAAUUUCCUAGCUUCUCAAAGCGCACAAAACAGCAGAUUAAGAAAUGCAACAGAAGGAAGCUCUCGCCGGCCCGCUCCAUACUGCAUCGGCAUCCCAACGCUUCAGAGAGAGCGGGCGCAAUUCUUUCCGAGAACGGCGGCUUCUCUUGUCGAUUCAUUGACACCUGAAGAGCGGGAGCUGAUUCACAUCGUUGUUCUGUUGUCAGAUGCCGAUGCGACAGUAAACUCAGCAUUUGGACAAGACUGGCUCCAUGCGAUUGCCGAUACAGUCAUAGUUCAUGAAGAUACGCCAGAGAAACUAGUCGCUGAAAAUGGCUAUCAGACAAUACCGCGACAUUCCGAAUCAGCGAUCAGAGACGAGCGAGUAAGACGCGACUAUUCUGUGCUUUCCGAGACAUGCCGCCGAAACGAAGCAGACUACUUCAUUCUUGUCGAAGACGAUGUCAUCGCCGCGAGAGAGUGGUUCAAGCGACUCCUAGAGGCAACACCUCAAGUGAACGAGCGCGCGGUUGCCAAAAAGCGAGACUGGCUUUACAUUCGACUUUUUUAUACCGAAACCUAUAUGGGGUGGAACUCGGAGGAAUGGCCGAUGUAUAUUCGAAAUAUUGUGCUCAUCUAUAUGGCCGUGGUGGGAGUCAUGCUGGCAAUUCGCUAUCUCCACCAACUGGCUCCGCCCUCGCUCAAGGACCGAGCAUUCAAAAACUCAAAGCUCUUGAUGGCGAACAUACUGUUUAUCUGGGUGCCUCUUUUCAUUGGACUUGGAUUCAUGGCUGGUCGGUUAACAGUCAAUCCUAUUCCAUACGGCGUGCAAGAGAUGCCGCGAUACGGCUGUUGCAGCCAGGGCUUGGUUAUACCAAACCGACACCUUACCUUGUUGCAAGAGAAGCUACAGGCGUCUCCCUUUGACCUACCGGCCGACUCUACUAUCGAAAAGACAGCGGACGACCUGCAUUUGGAUAAAUGGGCCGUUGUGCCCAGUGUUCUUCAACAUAUUGGAGCGCGAGGAUCGUCGGCUAAAGGCGGCGCCCUUAAGACGACAUGGAAUUUCAGUUUUGAAAGAUUUUAUUCAGCAUAAAUGUUCAUAUAUACACAUGCCAUACAUACAUAUAUAUACCACUUCGCAAGUAUUGAAACUUUUUUAUUAUACCAAGAUUUUGACAUUGAGCGGGGGGAUAUUCAUCUCAAGUGGUGAUGUGAUGUCAAAAAUUCGACACCUGGUUAUCAUCGUCAUGCCGGAAGCGCACGAAGCAUUCUCUGAACGCCAGUUCUUGUA